AUGUUCCUAUCGCGUUCCUGCCUGUUGAUCUCCGUGCUGGCUGUCGUUUCCGGCGCGCCGAAAAGAUCCACGAGAUCGGAGGUGCCGAUGUGGCACCUGCCGUGCGGUGAUAUGGAAACGGACGGAUCGUCGUUCGCGAACUUGGAGGAGGAAGUGAAGAUCAGUCUGGAGAGCCUGAGGCUGCAGCAUCAGUUGACGAUGCAGGAUUACCUGAACCGUGACUACGAGUACCUGUACGAAAGAGUGCGUAUCGGCGUUCACGAGCACCAAUACAUCCCCAACUGGGUCCCCGGGAAGAAAGACGUGAACAUGAUCAAGAGGCUCGCCAACGCCAAGCCGCAAAUGGUAAGUUUAUCUUGCAUCAUCAACCAUUUUCCGAAGCUGCACUUGGACCUACAGAAGUUCGCGGUUGCAUUCGAGCAAUUGGUGGACGACGAGACAAAUUCGAAGGUCCACACGGCCCUGAGCGCGACUCAAUCUUAUUUAAUGAUGAUGCUAUGCGAAGUGGAGAGCUACAUCCUCGGUCGUCCGUCUCUACGAGUACCGUCGCGGGUGGAAAGAAGCAUCAUGAGCAGCGUCGAAAGAGAGCCAGUGGACGAUACCAGAAGACUCGUCCGCGAUUGGGGCAUUCUUCUCAAGUACAAAGACUACCUGCACGCCUGGAGACACGUUUUCAACGACUAG